AUGAACAAUCUCAGGCGGUCUCGGGCAGACGCAGGUUGGUUCUCGGUCGGCCUCGCCUGCUCAUUUCCCGAUCUCGGCUCCGACGACGGCAACCUAUCAGAUCUUCGCUUCUGCAACACCGACCUGAAGCCGGGAUGCAAGGUGUUCCACGCGCCGAAAGCGACCGGCUCGGUGCAGCAGAGCACGGAAGUGGACAUCUCGCCCGAUGCGUUUGAGAGUGCUGAGAUGGAGGGCGACUUGAAGGACCAGGUGAUGGUGUUCCGGUUCAAGGGGAAGUUUCACGCGAUUGAUCAUAAAUGUCCUCAUUCAUCAUAUCCUCUAUCUCAAGGUGUUCCGUUUGAUAUUGAGGAUUUUGGGAUCGUGCUCAGCACUGGGGUGACGUGUCCGAAGCACAGCUGGUCCUUUGACCUCACGACAGGAAUGUCAGACCGGGCGAGGUACAAAUUGGGAGUCUGGGAGGUGCAGCUGCGCGAUGCAACAGGCUCUGCGGCUACGGUCAAUGUAGAUGACGGAAGCCCCGAGACCCCGGAGAAGGAGGUUUGGGUGAGGAGGAAGCAGCGAAUGGGUUAG